AUGAUAUUGACGAGCUCCAAAUUUUCUUUUCCCAGAAGCUCAAGUGAGAAAAGUUUCCUGUAUGACAUUGUUGCAAAUGGACGAAAUAGAAUUGAUGUUGACAAAUGUGAUUAUAUUGCACGUGAUUGUCGAGCUUGUGGUCUUGGAUGCAACUUUGAGUUUCAGAGGUUAAUGGAGACCAUGCGGGUUUUGGAUAAUGAGAUUUGUUAUCGUGCGAAGGACUAUCUUACAAUCCACAAGUUGUUUGCCACUCGGGCUGAUCUGUAUAGAACAGUUUAUACACAUCUAAAAGUAAAGGCAAUGGAGCUUAUGGUGGUUGAUGCACUUGUGAAAGCAAAUGAUUUUUUGCAGAUUUCAGAUACCAUUCAAGAUCCAGCUUAA